UGUGCGGAGAUGCAUUUUUUUUUUCAUAUGACCGCUCUGUGAAGUUUAAAAUCCUAACUCAGAAAACAAACACAACAGGGAUUCCCCCCACACAUUCCUUUUAGUAUACCAAUCAAUUUAACUAUUUGUUCUCUUCCACAAUAAGAAACAGUUGAGUCUUUGAUGAUUAUAAAUGAAAUGGCAGCUUUCACGGCAGCCUUCGUAAAGGACCACAAUAAGAGAUGAGCUUGACCAAAAAUGAUCGCUUUAAGAGAAUUUUUGUAGAUAAAUGGCUAGUUUAUGAGUUUUCAUUUGACUCACAUUUUUUAGUCCUCAAAAUUCUGAUGAAACAACAUUUAUACGAACGAUACUCAUGCAGGCCCAACACGAAAAUAUUAAACGCUAAAAAAAAAACAAAUCAUGAAACGAGCAAAGAAAAACUAUUCUGAAACGGCAAAACAUGUCCAAAGAACAAAUAUAAAUUCUCAUCAUAUAUACAUUGUCUACAUAUUGUUUUUUUUUCAAAUAUAAUAUUAAAAGCAAGAAAAGCAUACGCAAACUUGUAUCAAAAUACAAUCACAAGCGCAACACAUAUACAAGGAUUUAACAACUGCUAGAAAAAUAAUUCUAUACACCAUGCAGUGACAGCACUGCAAAUUCACACACUUCUUCACUGCAAGAAUCUUCGGUGGCUUUGAUUUUGAAAGCAGAUAUUGAAAUUUACUUAGGAUCACUGAAAGAUAACGGUUUAGCAUUCCAAAGACUCAUCAGAGGACCACAAUGUUUACGAAGAUUGUUAAUGGUUUCUUCAAACCGAGGAUACUGCAGAUGAAAAUGUGGGCUCUGUGGAAUCUAUUAACACAUGCAGUGCUGAGAGGUGCAGCGGCAUUUCUUUUUUUUUAAAGUAUCUUAGGCGCUUUCAGCACUGUAAGGGUUAAGCUUACCUGCAAAUACUAAACCUGAGCAGACCAAUCAGUGCACAGAUAUUAGUGAAGCUGCUAUAUUCAAUGUUAAACUCUGUCAAUCAAGAGUUCACAGGCAAAUGGGUGCCUGGGGCUGGGCUCGAAUGACACUCCCCCAGCUGAAUUUCUAUUGGUGCAAUUCAGACUGCCUCCUGAGUUGGUUUAUGUGUGAGGAGUGAGUGAUUGACUUUAUCAGUCCAAGGACAUUACUCAGUUGGAGAGGGUGAACUGUUUCCUGGAUUUUCUCAAGCAAAAGGAAUUAAAAGAAAAGUUAUUUUCCUAACCAACAUCUCUGCAUGAACUGUAUCCAGUGCUGACCAUUGAGUGGGUCUGAACUGCUCAGAGUCAUUCAUGACAAUGCUAUUAGACGGAGGACCACAGUUUCCCACCCUGGGAGUUGGUGGGUUUGGGGCAACUCGCCAUCAUGAAAUGUCCAACCGAGAUGCUGGCAUGGGGCUUAAUCCGUUUGCGGAAACUUCACAUGCUGCAGCUUUUAAGCUCAGUCCAGCCAGUCAUGAUCUCUCCUCAAGCCAGAGCUCAGCUUUUACCCCGCAGGCGUCCGGAUAUGCCAAUGCGCUUGGGCACCAUGGUGGGCAGGUGCCAUCUUAUGGCGGCGCAGCCUUUAACUCCACUCGAGAUUUUCUUUUCCGAAAUCGCAACUCUGGAAUUGGAGAUGCACCCUCUCCAGGUGGUCAACAUGGACUUUUUGCUAGCCAUGGCCCCCCUGGAAUCUCAGAACCCCCAGGACACCUGAUUUUCCCAGGGCUGCAUGAACAAAGCUCCAGUCACACUUCACCUAAUGGACAUGUGGUCAAUGGUCAAAUGCAUUUGGGUCUUCGUGGAGAUAUUUUUGGACGGCCCGAUCCUUACCGAGCUGUGCCCAGCCCCAGGACAGAUCAUUAUGCCGCUGCCCAAUUCCACAAUUACAACCACAUGAACAUGAGCAUGAAUGUGGCUGCUCACCAUGGCCCAGGGGCAUUUUUUAGGUAUAUGAGGCAACCUAUUAAACAAGAAUUAUCGUGCAAAUGGCUAGAGGAAUCACCGAUGAAUCGUUCUCAAAAAACCUGUGACAGGACAUUUAGUAGCAUGCAUGAGCUAGUUACACAUAUGACAAUGGAACAUGUAGGGGGACCAGAACAAACUAAUCACAUAUGUUAUUGGGAAGAAUGUCCUAGAGGAGGUAAAUCCUUCAAAGCAAAAUACAAACUGGUUAAUCAUAUAAGAGUACAUACUGGUGAGAAGCCCUUUCCAUGCCCUUUCCCUGGAUGUGGGAAAAUAUUUGCACGAUCAGAAAAUUUGAAGAUCCACAAAAGAACUCAUACAGGGGAGAAACCAUUUAAGUGCGAGUUUGAAGGAUGCGAUAGACGGUUUGCUAACAGCAGUGACAGAAAAAAACAUAUGCAUGUACACACAUCAGAUAAACCAUAUAUCUGCAAAGUGUGUGAUAAAUCCUACACACACCCCAGCUCUCUAAGAAAACACAUGAAGGUUCAUGAAUCUCAAGGGUCCGAUUCAUCCCCUGCUGCCAGUUCAGGUUACGAAUCUGCCACACCACCAGCAAUGGUUUCUGCCAGCAGUGAGGAACCAUCUAAAACCACUUCAGCAACAAUUCAGACUAACAGUAACACCCACAAUCCGGGACUACUACCGCCUAAUUUUAAUGAAUGGUACGUCUGAUAAAUAUGUACAAAGGCGCUAUCAGGCUCAAUAUGUGGAUCAAAUGAGACUUAUCACAGAAAUCAAGCUGGUUGUUUGACCAAGGUGGAAAUGGAAGUUAUGACACAAGCAACAGAAUAGGGCUUCAUCUUUUUAAACUACAUUUGACCGGGAAGUUUUUGCUAUUUUUUUUUUCUUAGCCCGAAACAUAAAGGCUCUGGCCUAACUGUGCCCGUUUCUCAGGAUUUGAAAUAUAUUUUGGCAUUUUAAUUUCGCUCCCCGUAUUCUGUUACAUUUUGCUUCAUCCUAGCAACUCUUUUUUUUUUUUUAAAGAAACUACAUUUUUUUCCCUUUUCUUUUCUUUUUGUAGCUUGCAUAUUUAACUGCUAAGAAAUUUCCUUUACCUUUGGUGUUAAAAUUUCACUUUCUUAAAGCGUGCCAAAGUCUUGUUAUGUCUUGGACUUUCUCAAAGCAUUACACUUGUGAAUGUAUUCCUUGUCUUAUAGGGUCAAAGCUGUUGUUUGGUAUAUUUUCAGGAUGGGAAUGUGAUGUUCAUACACAGAUUGUGACAGUUUAGUAUACAGUUGCCUUUUUGUAAGAACUUUUGUAAAUACAUAUCCAUGAUGCCAUAUUUAUCGUUUGUAAUUUAAUUAUUGAUACAAGUGCCGGGAACUGAACAAUAUUUAUGAAAAAAAAAGAAGUUUUCUAACAAAACUCUGUAUAGCUUUUGGUUAUAACUGCUUUAGCAUUAAAAUUUAUUGUUUGGAAAAAAAAACAAUUUUAAAUUGUCUAACUAAUGAGUUCCUUUACUUAACACGAUGCAGAAAAAUGAUCAUAUCUGAGAGCGAUGCGCUUUUCAGAACCUUGUAAUAAUUUUUGUAGUCUUUCCACUAACACGGGUUCAUAUCAAAAGACUUUUAAGAUUAAAUGCAGCUUUUUGUAGGCAUAAAGUAAAAUUAAAUUGCACUUCAAUGUUUUCAAGCA